GCCUGGGUGAGGCAGAUGCGGACCAGAACAAUGGCUGCGUCUCGGAGAAGCCGGCGGUGACUGACUCCACGGGUGCUGAGGGCCCCCCCCAGCCCUGGCCCGACGCCAGCACAGCUGACCCUGACGCCGCCACGCCCCGCCCCCACCUGGCCCGCCUCUUCUCCCGAGAUGCCCCGGGCCGAGAGGAUAACACCUUCAAAGAGCGACCCUCUGAAUCGGACGAGCUACAGACCAUCCAGGAACACAGCGGAGCUUCAGAGUGCGGCUCAGACUACCCCGAACAGGACUUAGACUAGGCUAGCUACUUUUUGUUCCCUCCCUCCCUCUGUUUUUUCUCUCUUCUCCCGCCUCUAUUUUUUCACUCUCUCAUUUAAGAGAGCAACACGAACCCUACUUUU